AGGUACUUACAAAGAUGGAUCAUCCAGAAAACAUAGUAACAGAACUUAUCCAGGAAGAGCAUAGAUUGAAAUGGAUUGCGCUUAGCAAUCAUAAUGUGAAAUGUUUCACAGAAGAUGAGAUAAAAAGAUUUACCAACAACUAUGAAACUAUACUCGGUAGAGGUGCCUUUGGAGAAGUUUAUAAAGGAGUCCUUGAGGACAAAAGUAUGGUUGCAGUCAAGAGGUUCAUCUGCAAUGUAAAAGAAAAUUUUGCCAAAGAGUUGACCGUCCACCGUGAAAUCAAUCACAAGAAUGUAGUCAGAUUAGUCGGCUACUGUGUAGAUGAAAAUGCCCUAAUGGUGGUCACAGAGUAUAUUCCUAAAGGAAAUCUGAGUAACAUCCUUCAUCAAGAUAGUAUUGCCAUCGCUUUGGAUACGCGGCUAAGAAUUGCCAUUGAAUGUGCAGAAGCGUUGGGAUAUAUGCAUUCACAAAUGUAUACUCAGGUCAUUCAUGGUGAUAUCAAGCCUGGUAAUAUACUUCUGGAUGAUGAACUCAGAGCAAAAAUAUCAGACUUUGGAAUAUCAAGACUAGUCAAUACUGAAAAUACUCUAUACACUCUAAAUGUGAUUGGAAGUAUAGGCUACAUGGACCCUCUGUUUGUUCAGAAUGGUCGCCUCACAGCAAAGAGUGAUGUUUAUAGUUUUGGAGUUGUGCUCCUGGAACUGAUAACCAGAAAAAAGGCAAUAACAGAGGGUGGGGAGAUUGUCUUGGUUGGAAGUUUUACUGCAGCUCUUUCAAAAGGGUUUGGGAGUGUGAGGGGGAUGAUUGAUCCUGAUAUCGCAACAUCGAGCGAAAUGAAGACUGUCGAAGAGAUUGCUAAAUUGGCAGGUAAAUGCUUGAAAAUGGAGCUCGACAAACGCCCUGAGAUGUUAGAAGUUGCAGAAUGUCUUCGCAGAAUUAGAAAAGCGCCACAUCAGGUCCAAGAAAAAUUAACUAUGUUUUCUUGGUGGAGGAAAAGUAAACUAGCUUCAGCCCAGACAACACCGCUAGGAAGCACUAAGACAUGCCAAUUGUUCGAAUUGGAUGACCUGCUUGCGGCAUCGGCUGAAGUUCUCGGCAAGGGUAUAGUCGGGUCGACAUACAAAGUAACGCUCCAUAGUGGAUAUGAGGUGGUGGCCAAGAGGCUGAAGGAUGUGCACUUGCCGAAGGCAAAGUUUGAGCAGCAUGUCACACUGAUUGGCGCCAUCCAGAACAAACACGUUGUGCCACUACGGUGGUAUUACUAUAGCAGGGAUGAGAAGAUGCUAGUUUACAGUUUCAUCCCCAUGGGCAGCCUAGCGGAAGUGCUCCAUGGUGGUCGAGGAUCUGGCCGAACUCCGCUGGACUGGCAGCAGCGGGCAGCCAUCUCGCUCGCUGCUGCUCGCGGUGUGGCGUCUAUCCACUUAGUCGGGCCAUCAAGCUGCCAUGGUAACAUCAAGUCUUCUAACAUCCUGCUCACCGACACCCACGAUGCAUGUGUGUCAGAGAACGGCCUCAUAACCCUUGGCAUGUUUCCUGGUGCCUCGGGGUACAGCGCGCCUGAGAUCACCAACAAGAAGUGGGUCUCUCAGAAAGCCGACGCGUACAGCUUGGGCGUGGUACUGAUGGAGCUUCUCACCGGCAAGGCUCCUACACAGACACAGCUUGAUUUGCCACGGUGGGUGCGUUCCGUUGCACGCGAGGAGUGGGUGGCGGAGGUGCUCGAUGUGGAGCUCCUAAGACAGGGGCAGAAGGACGGGCAAGAUGGGUGCAUGCUGCAACUUCUGCAGCUCGCCCUGAACUGUUGCAGUCAAGAUCCCAAAUUGAGGCCUACAAUGUCAGAUGUCGUACAGCGGAUUGAGGAGAUCCAAAAUAGUGGCUGA